UGGCUGCCAGGCCUUCAUUGUUCAAACCCUCAUUAUCACCACUCAGCUGAUGCUGUUUUUGCAGAGCAAGAGGCGUCACUGUGCAUUCACUCUCUUGGCUCAAAGUAGAGCUGCUUCUUCUCUGCGUUAGAAACUUCAGUCCAGGACAGCGGGGGGUUCAGGGCUUGCUCUGAGACGUUAACAUGGACUCCUUAGAUUAUGGAGCAGCAGCCAUGAGAAGAGGAAGUUAUGAUGAUGCAGCUGUUUCUCUACAUCCUCACUUCAGACACUUGGCUCAGAGACGGCGCUCUGCUCCAUCGCUCAUCUUUGGGAAAUCUCUGGGAAUGCCGUGGUCUCCCAUCAGGGAGGAGACUCCAUGCCACGUGUCUGUAGAACAGAGUCCAUUUGUCCUCGGUUUGACCAGCGAACACGGAGACCUGCUGCUGGACGAGUGCGUCCAGGUCACAGAGGGCGCCAAGACCAGAGAACGACACCUGUUCCUCUUCAGCGACGUCCUCAUCUUCACUAAACUCAAGUCAACGGCCAGCUACCGGCUGAAACACAGAGUCAACCUGGAGGAUGUCUGGCUGUACGGCUUUGAGGAAGAGCAGCAGGAGGAUGAGGAGGGCGUGAGUGGGAAUGUCGUGGAUCUCAGGCUGACUCUCGUCCUGGCUUGGGACGUCACAGUUUGCCUCGUGUGUUUUUGCUCUCCUGACGGGAAAGAACGCUGGCUAGAGACUCUUCACAGUAAAAUUAAAAGGGCCAAAGUGAGGACCAGUUGCAUUUCUCCCCCUCCAGACGUCCUCAUGAAGGUGUUGAGUGGCAGCAUCACAAAUAAAACUCCAACAGGAGGUGGCAUGGAGCAACUGAUUGUGCUUCCUCUUGAGGGCGAUGCAAAGGUCCCAGCUUUGAUGAAGCAGCUGAACAACCCAGAGGAGAGCCAGACACAAGCCACUGAGACCAAGUGGAACGUGGUGAGGAAGAUAAAGUUCAGAAAAGGUUCCACCAACAAAAUAUGCCAAUCUGACAAAGACACCAGGACUCAGCUGUUUGGACAGCCACUCUGCAAGAUCUGCACAGAUGACCAUUCUCUCCCCAAACCCAUCACCGAUCUGCUGGUGCUGCUGAGGAAGCACGGCCCAUCCACAGAGGGCGUGUUUCGGAAGCCGUGCAACAGCAGGCUGAUGAAGAACAUCAGAGAGCAGCUCGACAGUGGCUCGGAGGUGGACUUUGAUGGUCAGCCGGUCAAUCUGCUUGUCGGACUCCUCAAAUGUUUUCUGAAGGAGCUUCCUGGGAGCCUGUUGAGGUCUGAACUCUACAACAGGUGGAUAAUGGCUCUUGAGCAUGAAGACUCCCAACAGAGAGUUCUUGAAAUCACAAACGUGGUCGAUGAUCUCCCGGGGCUCAACAAGCUCCUCCUGCAGCACCUAAUCUGCGUCUUGCAUCACAUCCUGGAGAGAUCGGACAUAAACAAGAUGGACGCGUCCAACCUGGCGGUGUGCAUCGGCCCCACGCUGCUGCAGCUGGAUGACACCCCGCUGGACGGGCAGAGGGAGAAGAUGCAGAAGGUCACAGAGCUAACUCAGUUCUUAAUCGAGAAUUUUCAGAUUCUUGGGGAAAAUGUUCCAAGCUUGCUGGAUACAGAUGAAGACUCGUUGUCUUCAGUGCACCAUGACUCUGCAUAUGACAGCACUGAUCCAGAGGUGGAUGGAGAGGCAGGAGAGAAGAUCAGGUCCACACAUGGCGACCGUGGCUCAUCUUCCUCGUAUUCCUCCCUCAGCCCCAGCACAACCACCUUGUCAUGGCAAUCCGACGCCGCCUUCAACACGAAGGCUCCUUUCAGCCGCCGCUGCUCUGAGCCCAUCAUCUUCCUCUCCCCGGAUCUCAGUAACUUGUGCAACCACUCCAGGAGCAACGACGACUGCUCCAAGGAGAGGGGGGAGUUUGAGGAGCAGCCUCUAAAAAAGCAGAUCUCCGACGACUCCUUCUUGCUUAAAAGUCGAGGCGGAGAGCGCUCGGUUCUGUCAUUUCCAAAGCUGAACAGCACCUCCAACAUGGACCCGCUACCUUACGUGGGCAAGGACUGCUCGAGCUCUUCCCUGGAGAGCACGACCUCCAACCAGUCGGAGAGCUCCGUCUUCACCAGCUCUCCAAUGGGAUCGCCGGGAUGCAUCAAGAAAGCAAACAUGGACAAACCCCCUUCAGUGGCAUUCAACGCCAAGGAGGACAGCCCCAGGAAAAUUCCUGAAGAGAAGAGACGGUCACAGUCCAUGAGAGUAGCCAGCAAAGUCCUGAUGAGGACCAGGAGCUUGGCGUCCUUCAGCAGGAGCAGCCUGAAGAAAGACUCUCAGAAGGAAAACUCCUUCCCAUGCGAAACUCUUCAGGAAGACUCACAAAGUGAUGCGGAGCCAUCAACAGAGCACAAACCCCGCCCUCUGUCAGCCAUUGAGGUGUUCAGGCAGGUGGACAGCAGGCUGCCUUGUAGACCUCCAUCGUACGAGCAGGCGGUGCAGAACGGGAGCUUCCCUCCACACUAUAGAGCAAUGACCGUACAGGAUGCCAUGACGCUGGAGAGUAGGUCCCGGCCAUCCUCUGUGAAUUACGACUUUCCAGCCACCUCUUUAGUGAGAGACUACCCAAACCAGCCGGUCUGCUUCCCUCAUACAGAGCCGGAAAACGUCGUUGUCAAGCGACGGCAGCCUUUUCGGCAGAGAGCCAUGUCUGAGUCCGUCUCCGUGGACCAUCACGAGGUCGUGUCUCGGAGAUGCAGCCAGCCCGUGUUCGAGGAAUUCUCCUACGCCAAGGAGUCUUACGUCUGACUCACUUCUGGGAUGUUAGCUGCUGAAAACAAUUCUCCAAAGAGGGGAAGAUCCAGGGAAGCUAAAAGGGACAAUUCAAGCCCGGAAGUUUGACUGUACACAGUUUUGUUUUUAUGAUUUUUCAGUCAUGUUUAGACUGUGUGAUUGCACAUUACACAAAUAUUACAUUAUAUGUAGUUACCAUGAUAGAUAUUUAGUCUAUCACAGUGAAGCUAUGGACACACAGUUGACUGUGGAUGGAAUAUGCUAGAGGUCUUGCAGCCAGUGUAAUUUGUACAGUACACCAUGAGCACACUGUUUAUUUGUGUGUCUUCUUUCCUUUUUGCUCUUCGUAAACACACUUCACUUUUCACAACCUUCUUUUUCCACUACACUAAAGCACUUUUAUCUGGUUUUACUAUGCUUUUCUUAUUUUUGUGCUAAAAAUUGUAAAUUGAUAAAGAUGUAUUUGUUAAGAUUUCUAUACGUUUUGAAAUGAAGUCCCUAGAUGACCACGUAAAAUAACAAAAGACAAAUAAAAGAUAUCCAAAAGAAA